AUGAGAAACCACACUUCAAUUACAACAUUCAUCCUCCUGGGACUCACAGACGAUCCUCAGCUGCAAGUCUUGCUUUUUCUUUUUCUGUUUAUCACCUACCUGUUGAGUGUAACUGGUAAUUUAACCAUCAUUACGCUCACUACAGUGGAUCCCCACCUUAAAACCCCCAUGUAUUUCUUCCUCCAAAAUUUCUCUUUCCUAGAAAUCUCAUUUACAAGUGCCUGUGUCCCAAGAUUUUUAUACAGUAUUUCAACCGGAGACAGAACAAUUACAUACAAUGCGUGUGCGACUCAGUUGUUUUUUACGGAUCUCUUUGGGGUAACCGAGUUUUUUCUCCUGGCUAUCAUGUCCUAUGACCGCUACGUGGCCAUCUGUAAGCCUUUGCAUUACAUGACCAUCAUGAGCAACAAGGUGUGCAAAGCAAUGGUUACUUCCUGUUGGGUGGCGGCGUUCAUGAUUAUACUUCCACCACUGAGUUUGGGUUUUCAUCUGGAAUUCUGUGACUCAAAUGUCAUUGAUCAUUUCGGGUGUGAUGCAAACCCUAUUCUGAAAAUAUCAUGCUCAGACACGUGGCUAAUUGAGCAGAUGGUGAUAGCCUCUGCGGUGUUGACCUUUAUCAUCACCCUGAUGUGCGUGGUCCUUUCAUACACUUACGUCAUAAGGACAAUCCUAAAAUUCCCUUCUGCUCAACAAAGGAAAAAGGCCUUUUCAACCUGUUCUUCACACAUGAUCGUGGUUUCCAUCACCUACGGCAGCUGCAUCUUCAUCUACAUCAAGCCAUCUGCAAAGGAAGAGGUGACCAUAAAUAAAGGUGUGUCGGUGCUCAUAUCGUCCAUAUCACCCAUGCUGAACCCUUUCAUAUAUACUUUAAGGAAUAAGCAAGUUAAGCAAGCUUCUCACGACUUACUCAAGAAAAUUGCCUUUCUUUUAAAGAAGUGA